AACUUGGACAAAAUGUCGCACGAAAGUAAAGCAAACGAAGGGCAAUUGACCCUGAUACGUCCAGUAGUCGACAAGGAUGAGGCAGUUCGUCUAGCUUGUACACUGUAUGGCCUAAAAUUAUCAGAUAUCUGUCAUGUCAAGGAAUUUAAAGGUUAUGAUGAUCGAAAUUUUUACUUGAAAGGAACGCUUCCACAUCACGUAGAUUUUGCACAUGACCGGCUUAGACAGAAUGGAGAUGAAUUCGUUUUGAAGAUUCUAAACCACGUGGAUUCCCAAGACAUUGUUUAUGUGCAAGGGCAGAACGAAGCUUUGUUAUUCUUAAAAGAAAUGGGAUUUAACUGCCCGGCUCCGAUUAAAGCUUUAAAUGGUGAAUAUGCUGUAACUUGCGCAAUUAAGUGCGGGAAUGCAGAGACAAGCGAUGGCAACAAACAGCUUGAGCGAAUUCAUGUCGUUCGACUUCUUAGCUUCGUUCCAGGGAAGCUUCUCGUGGAUGUUCCUUACAAGGCUGAACUUCUCUUCUCUCUGGGUUGCUAUACCGCCAAGAUGGAUAAAGUACUACAGGUAUUUGAUUCACCUUAAACUCGUUAAAAGACCACGUGGCGUUUAUUAAAUUUACUCAAGAGUAUUAUUAGUAGUAAGGGGGUGAUUAAUUUUUGGGAAGAUAUGCAUAAUUUUGUCCAUGGUACCCAAGCCUAUGACAGAAGUACUAUUGUAGACAUUUGCAGCUUUAUUAGAAUGAAACAUUUAAUACCUUCAUUAUGAAAUUAUGAAGAUCCUUGCAAUCUGAUUGGCUCUCAUUGGUGUGACUCAUCAACAAAUCACACCAUUUUUUGCUCUCAAACACAUUUUUUCUUAGUCAAUGAGAAAGCUUCACUAAAAAUAGACAAUCAGAUUUCAAGCCAGAGUAACCAAUCGCAUUGCAGGAAAUGAAAGAUAAGACUUGCAAUUUACAAACCAGCAUAGCACUUAAUUAAUAAAAUAUUUGUAGGGAAUAAAUAAUCAUGUCUUUUAACAAUUUAAUUUGCAAUUUCAAAGAAGAUUAGUGUCUUUACUAACACACCCCUUGAGGAGUGUAUUGACUUAGCAGCCAAUUACAUUUCCAAGGGCAAUUCCAUCAGUAAGUUAGGCAAAUCUGAACUUGGAAGCCUCUUCACUACAGCUACCACCCAGACUCAUUUCAUAUUUUAUUCUUUCUAUGAUCAAAUAGAUGGCAUAGCCAUGGGGUCUCCCCUUGCUCCUGCCUUAGCUAAUCUUUUUAUGGGACAUCAUGAAAAACUUUGGCUGAAAAAUUUUGAUGGCUCUACAAUUUUAUUUUAUUGCUGGUAUGUUGAUGAUACUUUUUGCUUAUUUCACUCAGAGCACAAUACCACUAAAUUUUUUUACUAUAUCAAUUCUAGGCACCUCAACAUCAGGUUCACUAUGGAAAAGCAGGUUAAUCACAAAUUACCCUUUUAGAUGUCCUGAUUGACAACAAUGACCCCAAUUCCUCUCUAACCAGUGUUUACCACAAGAAAACUUUCACUAGGUUAUUAACAAAUUAUUUCAGCUUCUUCUACUCUUACAAAGUGGGUCUCAUUAAGACUCUCGUUGAUAGGGCCUACAAGAUUAAUAACACCUGGUUAGGGUGUCAUGAGGACAUUAACAAGCUUACUGAUAUUCUAAAAAAGAAUCUUUUCCCUGCCCAUUUAAUUGAAAAGAUUAUAAACCAUUACAUCUCUGAGACCCAAAGCAAUCAUUAUCCUGGGCUUCCCUUCCCUUCACUUUAAGCUACCCUACAUAGGCCACUUUCCUGCUAUCACUCCAAAAAAGAUUUGCCAUUUUAUAAAGUGCUACCGCAAUGACUUGGAUAUUAAGCUGGUUUUCUCUUCCUUCAAGAUUGGCAACUUGUUUGGUGUGAAAGACCCUGUCCCUGAUGGGCUCCAUUCACAUGUGGUUUAUAGGUUUGUAUGUGCCGGCUGUAAUGCCUGAUACGUCAGUGAAAUGUGCUGACAUUUUUCCACACAUGUCAGAGAGCACUCAGUCAGCGACAGCACCUCUCACAUUUUCACACCUCUACUGGUUUUCAACUCAAGAUAAAAGAGGUUAUUCAUAUUCAAAGGGAACAACCAUCCUUGAAUCAAUAAUUACACCUUGUAAAUCUAAAACUAUCCUUUUAAUUCUUACACUUUCAUGCUUUACCUCUUUUCUUGUUGUCACCAUUUAUCAUAAUUAGCAUUGUUCUACUUGCUAUAUAAUUCAACUCCCAAUGCUUUGUACAUUAAUUCACUGCAGAUGACUGAAGUUUCUGACAAAAUAUGUGUUACAGACUUGAAAAGUUUUGUCACUUUAUGUAGAUUAAAGAAAGUGGUAAUUGAACUUCAUGCAAUUUUGAUCUGAAAUCAUAUUUGUAAUUUUAAAUCAUACUUGUGCUGCACGCUUGUUGAAUUUUGAAAUCACACAUAAUUUCAGACCAAAUUGCGCUCCACUCAGUGUAAGUACCACUAUUAACUACAUACGAUCAUUGCAUUAACUGCAAUGCUGUAAUAGUUCAACACAGUUUCAAACAGUGGCAUAAAUAACAACAGGAAUUAUGAAUUUGCUUGAUAAAAAAAUUAGUUUACUUUGAUGGGCGCAUAGUUUUUUCCUCACUGUGUUAUAUUUUCAUACAAUGAGAACAAUUUCUGGCCUGGGCCACAUGAACCAAACAAGUGAAAAACUUUCUACCACUCCCCCCCCCCCUCCCUGUUGCUAAGGAGUCACAAUAUGAACAAUAUAGAAAUUAAGUUAUCGUUAUGCUAACAGCAUUUACCUUUCUGGUAACAGGAGGAAAACUUUAUUUCAUCUAUGUCAUCUUCCUUUGAAUACCACCUUCAUCUCUGAUUUUUACUCACAACAUUACAACUCUCCAUAUAUUAGGACAUGUUUUUAAUCUGGACUUGCCUUUUUUUCUAGGAAUUUAACCAUCCUGGUGUCAGUUCUUUAGCCAAGAAGGAGUGGGAUUUGUCCCAGAUACACACUAUUAAAAGUUACAUUCCUAGCGUAACUCAAGAUGACAGAGAACAAAAAUUGUUAACUCUCAUUUAUAACAAUUUUACAAAUGAUGUUCUUCCACAGCUCAAGAAUUUCUCAAAACAAGUAAUCCAUGGUGAUCUUAAUUUUGAGAACAUACUCGUUGAGCCAAAUCAGUGUGGGGAGGAGUAUGAAGUAGUCAGCGUCAUAGAUUUUGGAGACAUGAGUGUCUCUUAUAGGUUGUUUGAUGUUGCUAUCAGUAUGAUGUACGUAAUUCUGCUUGGAGUACGCCAAGGGCACUCACACAAUGAGGCUAUACAGAUGGCUGGUCAUGUUCUCUGUGGCUAUCAAAGUAUUUGGAGCUUGAAUCAGUCAGAGCUUGGGCUUUUGUACUGGUCAGUGGCUGCCAGAUUCUUCCAAGCCUUUAUAAAUGGAGUGUACAAACAGUCCUUGGAACCUGAGAAUCCCCAUUUGUCAGAUGAUUGUGAGUUAAUAAUGGGUAUUCUUCAAUCUUAUACAACCUUGACAGGAGAAGAGGUUUUGAAUUUGUGGUUAUCACUUGCCUAAACAUGCAAAUUCAAGCCCUGACUUGAAAAUGCCAGAAAGAAACAAACAUACACAGCUAGGUGUUAUUUGUACAGCGCCUCAUAUAUCUACUGUGGGUAAUCAAUUGGUAAAAGAUCCUUCUAUCAUCACGAUCUCUCAGAUAAUCUAAGUGAAAUGUAAGGUUUAUAUUUGUAUAGUUUUCUGCAGUAUGGGAUAAGUUUGGUGUUGUUGGGUAAAGUUCGCAGUAGUUUGGUGAACUAUCUUUUGCACUCAUUCUGAAACAACAAAAUGCUCUGUAGCUGGCUGAACACUGCAUUUAAGUAUGAGCGGGUCAUUAACAGUGUUAUUAAGCAAGUCAAUGCUUGACAAUCUCAAACUUCAUGAAGGAAGCCAUGUCAAAUCAUGCAUUUUUCACAUAGCAUGGACUGGGAGAGUUGCUGUGAACAUAAGUCUUCAAUGUUCUCUUCUCUCUGAAAUCUUAUCCUGCAACUUACUGAGUCAGUAUGUAGAAGAGUAUUUGCAGAGCAAACAUAAACAUCCUUGCAUCGUUACAAUGUUUUUACCUCCUGGUAGCAGCACUUAAAAGUUAUCAAGGCACCCUUUUAGAUUAAUAUAGUCACUAUAUUUUUUUUUAUCAUCAUUUUCAUCAUUAGUAUUAUUAUCAAACCAUCAUUUAGCCUUCCACUAGAAGACAGCUUAGGUAUCACUUCAUUGGUUUUUAGGGGUGUCACUUCAUCUUUAAAGUAGUUGGGUUUUGCUAAGACCAUUUUUGCAUAGGCUGGUUGUGGGAAAGGAAAGCUGCAGGCCUUUACAGGAAUACCCAAACACGCUUAGUGACAUUAGAAGCUAGAAUAAGUUGCUUGACCAACAGGACGAGGGGUUUACAUUUUUAAGGCUUAUGGAAGCACGUGCAUGGCAAGCACAAGGUGCUUAGGUCCUCGGAAUACCUUCCGACGGAAGGUGUUCCGAGGGGAAGAAAUGAGAAAAGUCUUGCAGAAUGGAACAAAUAUUGAACAUUCGCUUCAAGGUAUUCUUUUGUCUGAAGGCCUACCGAGGUGCGCUACGCGUGAUGGUUUAACAGGAAUUAAAUCACACAACUGCACGUGCCUGACUGUACAAAGAUUGUCGCUCACCACGAUUAUCAAGAGGAAACGGUAAAGACUUCCUGUUCUUGCUUUUAUCUCACAAAUAAAAAUUUAAUAUUAUACUUGAAAGAUCCACGACGAUGAGUUGUUUCUAAAUUUUUUUUGCAGUUCAUUUCAGACAUAAAACACUAUCUCCUUCUGAGGUCACGAUUUGUAAUUUUAACACAAUUUUACUCACGUCUAUUUUCUUAAGGCAGGAAGUACUUUUAUAGCAGAGGAUCUUUUGUUACGUAAGAUUUUAUUCUCGUAUAGCAACAAUGACUUGUUUCAAGAAUUUUCUUUCCUUGUUUGAUUUUUCCAAAAAAAAAAACGAGAAAACGUUCUUUUUCGAUAUGGAAAACAAUAUUAGUCAUUUGUGCCCUGAGGCAAAUCUCAGAACUUUUUUCAUUAACCUUACCGGAUAGGAGCGAUUAUUUCUGUCCUUUGAAUCACAGUUAAAAUUUAGGAAAGCACGCAUCCGGGAAAAACAAGAGAAUUACAACGGCACAAUGGCGCAAAAAUGUGUGUUUUGGAAUUUCAGUCAUGCAUGUAAAUAAGGAUAUUUAGAGGAUAAAAGAGAGGAACGCGGACACUCUAAAUGAUCAAGGUCAAGUCCUUUGUCUUGAGUAUCAGGAGCUUUAUUUAGCUUUCGCUGACGUGUUGUUUAUGCGAUCAAUUGUAUUAUUAUUAAAAUUUGGAAACGGCGGGACACACAAAUAGCGGUC